ACUCCACUCCACGCGCCUGCCCCUGCCCCUGCCCCUGCCUCCCGCAGCCUCCUGCUCUGCCUUACUCGUGAGCCAGCCAGCACGCGCACAGGCCACAGCCUCGUCGUCUCCCCACGGAGGCCUCGCCUCCGACUCCGAGGCGCGCGCUCCGCGAGGUCCUCGCAGCCCCCGCUUCCUCUCGCGCGCGUGCUGUCUUCGACUCCCACCCCCACUCGGCCGCCUCCCCUCUGCCCCAUCCGGCCUGUUGGCUGUCGCCGCCGCUUCGUACCUCGCCGCGCUCCAUCGAUCUGGUGGUUUCUGGUGAAAAACAAGCACAAGGGCUGGAGACCUGACACUAGCGCAUAACCCUGGCAGUGGCAGCAUGCGGUGGUUUGGUCUUUCGGUUGACGUGUUCCGCAGGGGGAUCUCCUUGAACCUCUACUGCCGUGUGAUUCUGUAAAUCACCUCCGUGGAUAUCGGAGACCUUCCUUCGGCUUGCGAAGGCAGUUCAAAACUUCCCCAUCCUGUCUCUGGCGUUGCUGUUAAGGUGCUGUGGUUGCUUGGCCAAAGCUUCUGAGGAGAACGGAGUGGAGUACUAAUGGUGUGGAAAGCAGCUGCUCAGACGAGAUUCCACGUGUUUAAGCAUGAGAAUGGAAUCGCUGUGAGAGUUAUUGCUUGCUUCCAGCCGCCGCAGAAUUGCCAGGCCGAGUACUUCCGCCAUCUCCUCAAGCCCGUGACGUAGCUUCGCUCUGCUCUUCGUUUGCUGCUGAAGAAACUUUCUGCUUUAGGUUUUUCUCCAUCACAAUUCGAGUGGGAGAAUUUCCCGUUCAUCUGAACUUUCUGCUGGUACUUUUUUUUGGUGUUUGUUUCUUCAUGGGGGACAAGGAUAAUUCUUGGUGCCAUUGGCCUAAUUCUCCAUGGAAAUUCAACACUGAAAGCUCUGCAGGCAAUAUCUGCCCACCUGAUGUUGGCCUUGUUGACGCUAAUUUGGUGGCAUUGCCUACAUGUCUGAACAUGGUUGCUGCACCUGUGCCAUUUUUCACAGCAUCCAUUGCUGAAAGACCUCUUCCAAUGACUCCAAGAUUUGUCACCACAAUGGUGCCCAGUUUGGAAUUGUCUGCAAUGUAUCCCUCACACAAGAGACCUCUAGUUUUCUACCAGGAGAAUCAUACUCCUAUUGCAGCUCCUUUGGUGAGGAAGGGGACCCUCCUGGAUCCUGUUCCAGAGCUCCAAGGUAGCAAUGAGACUAAUCUAACUGAUGUUGGAGCAGAAGAAACCGAGGGUAUUCAUGAGAACACAGAUGAGAUUAAUGCACUCCUGGAUUCUGACUCGGAUGAAGGGUGUGAAAAGGUGCAAGAACUCAACAGAGUUAGGAGGCCAUCUCCUGCUGAGAAUGACACCUUGAGUGUGGAAUCAGUAGCCAGUGCUGGUGCUAGCGCAGCAGGUUCUGCGCGACCGGCCAAGAAGAGAAGGCUCUGCUCUGGCACUGACAAGUCUGUUGUGGACACAGCCAGUUCAGCAAGGCUCGAUCAUUCCAUCGAACAGAAGCUUCUUGUCAACGACUGUGAUGCAGAGUCCUGUUGCAUUGGUGAAGUUGAGAGCGACCACAAGUUUGCUCUGGGGGGAGGUGAAGCUGUAGAAGGUGACAAUCCCGACGACCAGAAGCAAAGAAGAGAGAGGAUCCAAGAGACGGUUGCUGUGCUCAGGAAGAUUGUCCCUGGGGGCAUCGCCAAAGAUGCCACGGCUGUUCUUGAUGAAGCUAUCUGCUACCUGCAGUACCUGAAACUGAAGGUCAAGAUGCUGGGAGCUGUCUCGCUCUAGCUCCUGCUGGACAGUUGUGAUUGGGUUAUCGAAGCCACCGGCUUCUAAAUACAUAAAGUGCUAGUGUUAGUAAUAAGGUGAAGAUGCCAAAGGGAGCUCAAUUCGGUGCUUGGUGAAGACGCGCUGGAUUGAAAUGAAAAAAAAAGAAAGGGACCCCGUGGUGCUUGCUUGGCUUCCCCUUGAACCCAGAAGAAAGCUUUCAAGAUGAAGUGGACAACGAACAUGCAGCAUGGCAAUGCUACUUCAACUGAACCGAGGCCACAAUGCUUUCAUUCAUUGUGGCGGAGUGCUAGUCCUGGAGGCCACAAGACCCACCUAGCUCGCCAUGCCACUCUCCGGUGAGCUAGCCUAGCAGACUACCACCAUCUUUCUGCACCAGAGCUGCUUCAACCUUCUUCUCCGUCCCAGAGAGCCCUUUGUCGGUGGCUCAGUGUGCCUGCUGCAUCAGCAACAGUAUGUUUAUGCAAAGGUGCAGGGAUCUUCCGCCGGGCGUGAUCCAAAGCAGCAAAGGGCGCUGUUGUGCUGUUUGCUUCCAUGGCUUUUUGACCUAACUACCAAAGCCAAAGGCCAAAGCGGAGAUGGGUCGAGGUUAGGUUCGCCGCUUGUGUGGUGAGCUCCUGGGGUCCAGUCCAACCACCCGGUCCAGCACUCUACCAAAGUGUUCUCUGUGUGCCUGAGAUGCGGAGCUAAAGCCUCAGCACCGUCAUCCAACCAACCCCCUGCUUUGUUCUCCGCUACCUAUGCCACUACCAUAUUUGUAAGCAAGUGUUCUCGCUUUGCCUCGGGUUUGUGCGCGUUGAAAUGAUGCGGCCUUUGGCCGGGACCCAAAGCAAUGCUUUUUGGACUUUUGUGUGCGUAUACUGUUGCUGUACUGUAGUACCCCGGUAUUAUUACUGUUGUAGCCUCCUCUCGUCGUAGCGACAUGUAUGCCAAGACUGGGAACGAGGCACUGUUUUGCGUGCA